AUGUUUUCCGGCAUCACUUUGAACUCUGCAAGCCCGAACGGCCUGCUGGAGAGCGACGCGGCAGGGGGCGGCACACACCUUUGCUCAGCGUCGCCGUUGGAAGAUGAGACGCUUCUCCUUGGCGAUGACGUUUGCCUCCUGCGGCCCUCGCCUCCUGCCUUCUCAGUCCGUAGUGCAGAGGACUCUCAGGCGACGGAGAGUCAGGCUCUGUCUUUCCAGGGACUUUCGCAGUCACAAUGGUCGCCAGACACCAACACGCAGAGCAGCCAGGCUCUCGUGAGCCAAGAUGGCUACUUCAGGUUCGGCCGGCGCUUAGGAAGCCAGCUUACGGACUCGGCCGAGGAUCACGUACACCCGAGUGCAGCUGCCUGGACUCAAGCCAAGCGGCGAAGAGGAGAGGCACUCCGUCCGGACCAGAACCGGGAGGGACGAUUGCCUGCAACGCCAGCGCAGAGCGCCGCAGUGAGAGCUUCCAUCUCCUCGUCUUCUUGCCCCUGCUCUCGUUCAGAGUGCGAAAAGAAACGCGUUUCUCCUUCCGCACUUGCCCCGUCGUCUCUGGGCCGGAGCGAUGCGCAGGGCUGCUGCGCCGCUGAGGACGCUGCCUCCUGUUCGUCCUCGACAGGAAAAGAGAAAGAAGGAACGUCGAGUCCUCCCAGAGACGUUUGUUCUUUAGGAGGGCGCGAGCCGAGGCCGGAUCUCAAAAAAGGAGAGCGGAUCCGCGACGCCGCGACCGGGGCGAUUUUGCAGCACUUUCGCGGCCUUGGGUUCUCUCAAAUGACCUCCUCAGAUGAGGAGGAAGGCGUGGAAGCGGACGAUGCGGUCGACGCCGGGGGUGCCGACAAAAGAUGCGCAGAAGUCGCCGCGUGCGCGCCGAGCCCCGAACCGCAGACAGGCGAAGAUGAUCGUACAGACGAGAGGGAAAGCGGAGAGGGGCAGGAGGUAGCUGGAGGAGACCACGAGAUACACAACACGCUUCUGACGGGUGAUCACGCCUCUCCACGGCGGGCAAAUGAGCCUCGUCGAGAAGGUCCAUCCUCUGACUCUGCCACACCGUCUCUGCACUCUUCGCAUCCUCCUCUGUCUUCUAACUCGUUGCCUCCCCUUCUGUCUUCUGCUGCUUCGUCUGCCGCGCGUCCAGGGCGUUCUUCAUCGCCCGAAGACGGGGACGAAGACGAAGACGACGACGACGACGCGAAGACCGAGAAGGCAGAGGACGACGAGGACGGAGGCGACACUGCGAUGGCCGCAGAAGCUGCGACGAAUGCCGCCCCGACUCCCGCUUCUCCCUCCCGCACGCGUCCGUCCUCGCUUGCCGCCUCUUCUUUGCCGGUCACGUCUCCUCUCUCCGCUUCAACGGGCGCGCGCAGUUUGCCUUCUUCUUUGUCUGUGGCCUCUGCGAUGCCCGUUGCAGCUCUGGCUUCCGCUGGUCCCCGCACGUCCUCCGCCGCUUCCUCUCCGGCUUGCUUCUCCUCGGCUGUAGCCGCGUCUUCGCUCUCGUGUGCCGCGGCGCCCUCUUUGUCUUCGCUUCGGGGGCAGCAGCCCGCGCAGCCUCCGCGGAGGCCGUCGGUGAGCUCUGACGACCUCGAUGACCUGCUGAACGCGGAUCUCGACGCCCACGGGGGCGAGACGCCGCCGCGGCCGGGCUUCGUCCGCCUCUCUGCCUCCGCCCCAGUCAGCUUUUCUGCCGUGGAACCCCCGACUGUUGGGUGCCCAGCCUCGCGUGUGCAGCGACUCUUCUUCUCGUCGCUUCCUUCGUUAGCCGUCGCCCACGCCGCGGACCCCCCUCCCUCCGCGCCCUCUCCGCGGGCGGUUUCCGCUUCAGGGCUCCAGGCCUUCUCUUCGGCCUCCGCCUCUGCAUCGCUCUCCAGCGCUCCUUCGCCUCGCUCGCACGCUGCGGCGCUUGCUUCUUCGUGGUGCAUCCCGUCUGCCUCGCGCCCCUGCCUGUCCUUUCCUGAGUCUCAAACGCGACGGAGGAGCGGAGAUCCGCGGCGUCCAGCAGGCGCGGCUCUCGAAGACUGGGUGCUGAGCGCAGCGGCGCUUCGGAUGGCGGCGGUCUGCGGCCAGGCGUCUGCCGCAGCUUUUCUGUCGAGCGCGGCGUCUACACCCAUCAAGAGGCAGACGUUCACGCAGUCGCCCUCGACAGACGCGUUGCCUGUCUCCUCGCUCUCCGCUUCUCCCUCCUCUUGCUCGGUUUGGGCGGCCGCUUCGUCCGCCCCGUGGAUUUCUCCGGCGCGCAGCGCUGCGUCGUCGCGCGAGACUGCCUCCGCGGCCGCGCCGCCUUGCUCGUCCUUCACUUCCGCCGGGGGCCAGUCUGGCCAGUCUGCGGCCGCCGUCUCCUCCUCUCUGAGUUCCGCCUCAGGCGCACUUGGACACUCGCCGCCUGCGACCGUGUCGCGCUCGCGGAUCCGCGAGGAGGGCGCCGACGCGUGGGGCGCCUUUUCGAGGAGGCCUUUCGCGGGAGAGGCCGCGCCGCAGCCGCAACGCGCCGGGAGCGCUCUUCAGUCCGCGCCGGCGCCUUCGGACCGCGCGGCUGCAUGCGCGUCGCCCCAGCCAUCUGCCACGGGCGGGGCGGGAGCUAGGGAAGCAGAAAGAGGAGGAGAAGAGCCCAGGAGACAGCUGGGCGAAGAAGUGAAGGAGAAAGCGAGGGAGAACUCGCUCGCGCACAGCGUACAGGGCUUGCGGCCUCUGGCGCAAGGCUCCGUGGACACUCGACAAGACGAAGAAGACGAAGCACUGCUGCUCCUAAUGGACGAUGGCAGUUUCGCUUUUUGA